AUGAAAAAUGCUAUUUUUAAUCCAGAUUUGAAUAGUAGAAAUGAUAGACAGGAUGAUGGGCAUCUUCUUGAGCCAUUUGACGAAGUUACAAAAAACAUAGAAGAAAUUCAAAUCAUGACAAGUUGGGUCCUUCAGAAUUUGACGAACCUAACCGCCAGCCACUCAUCCUCAGCCCCCAUCCCAGACAAUGAGCCAAAAAGAAGAAAUUACAAUGAGCUAAAUUUCAAAUUAAACACAAAUAAUGAAUUACUCGAAUCAUUUGCAAUAAAAGAAAAAGUAAAUGAGGUUGAUAAUUAUCUUGAUGAAAAUAUCACGGAACAAGCAGGACCCAAUACUGACACUUUUGAGUGGUGGAAUGAGAAUUUCCUAUAUCGGCAAUAUUAG